AUCGGAGACAGCCGCCAGGGGGCGCCAUCCCCCGAAGCCUUGUGACAGGGAUUGGGAGGCUGCUGGGAAAAGAUGGCAGCUUCCUUUUGUUCCUGCAGAUUUACUGUACUCCGAGAGGGUCUUUAAAGACGUUCUUCCGUCAAGACACGGGUUUCCAUCGCUCGCCCGGGGUUCACACUACCAGCUGUCCAAACACUUCGCUCGGGAGAACAUGGAGAAGAGCGGGAGCAUCGACAGUCUGGGCUCGAAGCGCUCCUCCUCACGACAGCCAAGUGUUGAUUCAUUGUCCAGUACGUCCACCUCUCGCUCUGACCGGUCUGCCCAAGCCAAGACACCCUCUGUGAUGUCCUCUGACUCUGUGGCCACCUCUGCAGAGUUUUCCCCAGAGCUCAGGGUCAAACCCAAAACUCCUGCCAAGGUUCUUAGAGAUUCAAACAAGGAGGAACCACAGUUACUUCCAAAUGAAACCGUGCAAGACAUGGCCCAAGAUGUCACCUACUUCUGUCCUUUCACUGGAGCACUGAGGGGAACAGUGACGGUUACAAACUACAGACUCUUCUUCAGAUGCAUGGACAGGGAGCCAGCAUUUGUGCUGGACCUGCCAAUUGGGGUGGUCAGCCGUGUGGAAAAGAUUGGAAGUGCAUCAAGCCGUGGUGAUGUGUCCUAUGGGCUAGUUUGCAAGGAUAUGCGUAAUCUGCGAUUUGCACACAAACAGAUGGAGGACACACUCAGGAAGUCAAUUUUUGAAGUGCUGAUAAAAUUUGCGUUUCCUGUUUCCAAUGGGCUGCAAAUCUUUGCCUUUGAAUAUGGGCAAGUCUUUCCUGAAAACGGAUGGAAGGUGUAUGACGCUGUCUCGGAGUACAAAAGACAGGGUAUACCCAACGAAAGCUGGAGGAUAACAAAAAUAAAUGAUCACUACGAGCUGUGUGACACCUACCCGUCAACUCUGGCAGUGCCUGUCAACAUACCAGACGAAGAGCUGAGGAGGGUGGCUGCGUUCCGAGCAAAGGGCAGGAUACCUGUUUUAUCAUGGAUCCAUCCAGAGAGCCAAGCGACAGUGACGCGCUGCAGUCAGCCCAUGGUCGGGGUAAACGGGAAGCGCAGCAAAGAGGAUGAGAAAUAUCUCCAGGCGAUCAUGGAUGCUAAUGCUCAGUCCCAUAAACUCUUCAUUUUUGAUGCCAGACCCAGUGUCAAUGCAGCUGCCAACAAGAUGAAAGGGGGUGGAUAUGAAAGUGAGGAUGCUUAUCAAAAUGCAGAGCUGGUGUUCUUGGAUAUUCACAAUAUCCACGUGAUGAGGGAGUCACUCCGAAAGCUGAAGGAUGUGGUCUACCCCAACAUCGAGGACUCCCACUGGCUCUCCAAUUUGGAGUCCACUCACUGGCUUGAGCACAUCAAGCUGAUCCUGGCAGGAGCAUUGCGGAUUGCAGACAAGGUGGAGUCUGGAAAAACAUCAGUGGUGGUCCACUGUAGCGACGGUUGGGACCGCACAGCCCAACUCACCUCCUUGGCCAUGCUCAUGCUGGACAGUUACUACCGCACCAUUCGCGGCUUUGAGGUGCUGCUGGAAAAAGAGUGGCUGAGCUUCGGUCACCGCUUCCAGCUGCGAAUCGGUCAUGGUGAUAAAAACCACACAGAUGCAGACCGUUCACCCGUUUUUAUUCAGUUCAUUGACUGUGUCUGGCAGCUGACUCGUCAGUUUCCUGCAGCCUUUGAGUUUAACGAAUACUUCCUGGUAACCAUCCUGGACCACCUGUACAGCUGCCUGUUUGGGACAUUUUUGUGUAACAGCGAACAGCAGAGGUUGAAGGAAGAAAUACCCAAGAGGACAGUAUCGUUGUGGUCUUAUAUUAACAGCCAGCUGGAGGAGUUUACCAAUCCUCUGUAUGUGAACUACUCCAACCAUGUGCUGUUCCCCGUAGUCAGCCUACGCCACCUGGAGCUUUGGGUUGGCUACUACAUCCGCUGGAACCCUCGCAUGAGACCUCAGGAACCUGUUCAUCAGCGCUACAAGGAGCUGCUGGCCAAGCGUGCCGAGCUACAGAAGAGAGUGGACGAGCUACAGCGAGAGGUGACCAGUCGCUCAGCUUCCUCUUCCUCUGAGCGGGCGGGCUCCCCCACGCGCUCCAUCACUCCAGUGCAGACUUUUGUUUGACACAACUUGACCCUCAUUACGGUUUCAGAAGCUGAAUCGUAGCUUUGAGAAGGUGCAAUACAGUUGUAAUGAGUAGGCCGUACAUGGCGCCAUGAAAGACCUGUGUGCCAAACUGCCUCUUUGGGUGACACACCGCGUUAAUACACCACCACCAAAAGUCUGAUUAAGCAGAUUACUGUAUUUUCAUCUCUCACAGGUCAUGUAGAAUCUGCUUGCAACAGCAGAGUAUCUGUCUCAGUCUGCUUGACUACAGCCAUAUUGUACUCUCCCUCCAGGGUCGAGAGGACAUGUAACCAGAAUAAUGGGGACUGUUUAGCAUAUCGACCUACCUAAAAUCAGUGUUGAUAGUAUUUGAAGUACACUAAAAUAUUACUUGGGUUAAAUAUGUAUGCCUUAUACAUGUCAUAGGAACACUCACUUCAUUCCUCUACACUGCAAAGGUUUGCUAGAUAAUGAUUUGUUGAGGUGAAGCAGUUGUGAAGACGUACCAUGCUGGGAAUAUUAUUUUGAGGUCAAAACUCUAAUUCUAGCACCAAACAAAAGGCUUGGGAGUCGUUAAAUUCUGAUUUAAAAAUGUAGUUUAAGAGCUCUAAUGUUAGCUUCUUCUAAUAUUAAAAAAUAGUCAUAGAGUGCAUUAAAUAGGUUGGUAGGUUGUCUUCACAAGUCAGUCCUUUUUAGAUUGUUGUGACCAAAUAUCUAUGUUUUUUUUGUUUUGUUUUUAAAUAAAUACAUACUUUGUCCUAUA